GUCAGAGAGAGAGAGAGAGAUGGUCUGAUUUGUUUGGUGAUCAGAGCCAAUAGAAAUCCUGCAGUUUGAUAAGAUCCACAUGCGGGUGACGGAGAAGAGCCAGAAACAAGAGUUCAAACACAGCAGAGAGAGAGAGAGAGAGAGAGAAGCUUCAUCCCACUGAGCAGGAGAGAAAGUGUGCAGAACAACACUUGUGAAGUUCUCCAGCUUCUGGAGAGAGACAUCGCUUCAGAGACGUAUCCUGAUAAAUCCUCCUUCUUCCAUGGGCAUCAGAACAACCUUCAGUCCACGACCCAUACAUACAUCAGAGCUCUCACCCUAACCACUGCCGGAGUGUACACACACAACUGGACCACUGCAGACGAGAGAAACUCUUCAAGGCAGGGAGAGAAACUGGAGGAAAUCUGAACCUGAAGGCAAAGCCGAAAGCAGCCUCCGACCCUCAUCUUGUCUGCUUUUAUAAAGCAGAGAAAAAACAGCACAGGAUGUGCUGUAAGCUGCUGUUCUGGGUUCUCCUGGCCGGUGUGCUGUGUGCUGCGUCCGAGUCUCGCAAGAACCGCCCGCAAGGCUCCAUCCCAUCACCGUACAAAACCAGCUCAAAUACAUCCGAUCGCCGUGGCCGGAAACAGGAAGUGCUGGCCUCCAGUCAGGAGGCCCUGGUGGUGACGGAGAGGAAGUACCUGAAAAGCGACUGGUGCAAGACGCAGCCUCUGCGGCAAACCGUGAACCAUGAGGGCUGCCUGAGCCACACCGUCAUCAACCGCUUCUGCUAUGGCCAGUGCAACUCCUUCUACAUCCCACGGCACGUGAAGAAGGAGCAGGAGUCGUUCCAGUCGUGUGCCUUUUGCCGGCCACACCGCUUCACUACGCUCACCGUGCAGCUGGACUGCCCUGACCUGCAACCACCUUUCCGGCACCGGAAGAUCCAGCGGGUCAAACAGUGCCGGUGUAUUUCUGUUAACGUGGCCGAAUCCGGGAAACAGUAAAGCAGAAAGACGAUGGCAGCCUGUCUGGGAUGUCGGACAAAAUAAAAUAUCUAAAAAAUAUAUCUAUGAGAAACUUUUUUUUUGUAGAAUUUGAUACCUAAUAUAGGCAGAGUCAAAAGCUGCUAAUAUUUGAGAUGUCUGGAGUUGUCCAUGUAAUAGGACAGCAUUUAUUGGUGUAGUUCCGGUCACGUGUGUGUGUGUUGUAUAAACUUUGCAUCUCAAGAUUGAUGCUUUCUGAAAGGAUGAAAAGACUUGCUGAAGAAGAUCUGAACAAUAUCUUACUCUCGUGCUGCCUAUAAGCACCUGGCCCACACAUCCUUGGACAGAAAGGCCACCUGUUGGGGAGGGGGGAAAGAAAGGAGAAAAAAAAAAAGCUGCUGAAAAUUAAAAGCAGUGUCUGAAUAGCAUUUGGAUCUUGUGCUAAUCCGAUCACUGCCGCAUCAGACACGAUGUACAAUACAGAUAGAACACUUUCCUUGCCAGUGUUUUGAAGGAAAUGAGGUGACUGAGCUGCUGGACUGUCAGUAACAGGACAAGUAGGGACAGAGACUUGAAUUGGCCAAUCAUGCUGCUUGCAGUGACUUUAAAUUUUGCCUUAUUCAAUGAAUAUAACGUGUAUUACUAGAACGAGUAUAAUAGAGAUUAUAUAUGAUGGUACACGAAAAUGUAUACAUCUAGAGAAAGAA